AUGACGAGACACUACCGGCCUGUGGGCUCUUUCGCCUGCAUCCUCCUGCUGCUCCUUCACCUCGUCGCUUUGACCAGCUGCGUUGUCGAGGUGGAACCCGUCUCGCCGCCAGUCGAGGAAGCGCCUCCCAGUACUCCUUCCACGGGACGAGGUGGCGGAUCUGGCGCACAAGGCUUCAUCCCGCACGCCAACCCUUACAUAUCAGGCGGUUAUUUCGACACUCGAUACUGCGACCUCACCUCUCUGUCCAUCAACCAGACCGAGUUCGACCGGCGAUGUGGGUUGUCCCCUGAUGCCAAGGGGCCGUGCUUUUCGGUGCAUGGCGGAAUGAGCAUGACGAGGGUCAAGGUUGAGCCCUGGUCGGCACCGUUGCGGAUGGAAGAUCGAAUCCUGCUCGAAGACGAGCGAGCCGUCACCUUCACCGUGAUGGACCCCACCGACGAGUUUGUCGUGGACUUCAAAGGCUUCUCUGGCGCCAAGCUGCGCUACUACGCCUACGAAAAGGAUACGGGUUGCUACAAGAUCCAUCUCAGCGGCACUGAUUCCCGUCGCAUCUAUGCCAGUGUCGGACACGCGAGUGAAAGGGAUGUCGAUACCCUGCAUUACAGGGAGACCGGGAAGCGUCUUUGUGGAAAGUGGAUCGACGUCACGCUGACGUCUAGAGAUGUGGCUUGGACUCCCAAGCCUCAUGAGGAUGAUGGGCGAGGCAUCUGA